AUGCCACGCAAAAGUCAGAGGAAACCCUGGUUCCAGUACCCAAACCAAACACAUUCGUUGCCAGAAGCAGAGAAAUGGGCGACAAACGAAGCAAGCAGAUGCUGCCCAGGGCCACCCUUUGGGCUGCUUACGCCUGAAUUUGAAAUAUUUGUCGAUCAGCUCGUAGUCAGGGAAGUGGGGGACGCCGGUAACGGCAACUCCACUCUGCUACUGCGCAGUGGCAAUAUGCUCGAGGCACCACAGAUGUCAAGGGAGUACGCCGUCUAUUUAUGCAAACAGCUGUUAGGAAAGGCCUGGACGCGGAAGGAAAAAAUGUUCAUAGCGAAGCUGUGCUCAAAGUUCAACAUCACAAAGGAAGAGUACACGCCCAAACACUGGUAA